AAAAGGUAUAAUUCCGAUUUUGUCCUUUUAGAGAGAGAAAAAGGCCAAGGCGUUUUUUUCUUCUCUCGUUCCUCCAUUUUCUUCUACAGAGAGAGAGAGAGAGAUAUAUCAAAAUUCCAUUUUCUACAGAGAGAGAGAGAGAGGAACGAAAUUUAAUCAUCGAUCAAGUUGCGAAAAAUCCAUGAAUAAAACUAUGGAAUGGAAUGUGAAUCAAUGGGUUUGGUGAUGGUGAUGACCGCGAUCUUCGAUUCGAUUUGGUGAUUGAAAGAUUUGGAAGCUCAGAUUUCAAGCUCGGAUUUCUAAUUUUUGUUGGAUUAUCUAACCCAAAACCAAAAAAAAAAUGAACGGUGGUGACGAUGCCUCUUCCUCCUCCGCUACUAGUGGUCCUCCUCCGUCUUUAGAGUGGAGAUUCUCUCAGGUCUUCGGCGAGCGAACCGCCGGAGAAGAAGUUCAGGAAGUUGACAUCAUUUCAGCCAUCGAAUUUGAUAAAAGUGGAGACCAUCUUGCAACUGGUGACCGUGGGGGCCGAGUAGUUCUUUUCGAAAGGACAGAUACUAAAGAUCAUGGAGGGUCCAGGAAGGAUCUUGAGGAGACGGAUUACCCAGUUAGGCAUCCUGAGUUUAGAUAUAAAACAGAAUUUCAGAGUCAUGAGCCAGAGUUUGACUAUCUCAAGAGUUUGGAGAUAGAAGAGAAAAUCAACAAAAUCAGAUGGUGUCAGCCAGCAAAUGGUGCAUUGUUUCUGCUUUCCACAAACGAUAAAACCAUCAAAUAUUGGAAGGUACAAGAGAAGAAGAUCAAGAAAAUUAGUGAAAUGAAUAUUGAUCCGUCGAGAGAAGGAAGUUCAAGUAUCCCUCCUCAAUUAGUUACUAAUGGAUUACCUGCCAAUAAAGCACAUGGCUACCUGAGCAAUGAAUAUUCUUUCCCGCCAGGAGGCAUUCCAUCUCUGCGUUUGCCAGUGGUUACAAGCCAGGAGACCAACCUUGUGGCUAGAUGCCGACGAGUAUAUGCUCAUGCUCAUGAUUACCAUAUUAAUUCAAUCUCAAAUAGCAGCGAUGGAGAAACCUUUAUUUCGGCUGAUGAUCUGCGAGUAAAUCUCUGGAAUUUGGAAAUUAGCAACCAGAGUUUCAAUAUUGUUGAUGUUAAGCCCACAAACAUGGAGGACUUAACUGAGGUUAUUACAUCAGCUGAGUUUCAUCCUAUCCAUUGUAAUAUGCUCGCAUAUAGUAGUUCAAAAGGCUCAAUUCGUUUGAUUGAUAUGCGUCAAUCAGCUCUGUGUGAUUCUCAUACAAAAUUAUUUGAAGAACCGGAAGCACCUGGUUCAAGAUCAUUUUUCACAGAGAUAAUUGCCUCAAUUUCAGAUAUUAAAUUCUCAAAGGAUGGGAGAUACAUACUUAGUCGCGAUUACAUGACGCUCAAGCUGUGGGACAUAAACAUGGAUUCUGGUCCAGUUGCAUCUUACCAGGUUCAUGAACAUCUGAGACCCAGGCUAUGCGAUCUAUAUGAAAAUGACUCCAUCUUUGAUAAAUUUGAGUGUUGUCUGAGUGGCGAUGGAUUGAGGGUAGCAACAGGUUCUUACAGCAAUCUAUUCCGCGUAUUUGGAGCGUCUCAAGGUAGUACCGAAGCUGCAACUUUGGAAGCUAGCAAAAACCCGAUGAGGAGGCAAAUCCAGACACCUGCAAGACCUUCCAGAUCUAUAGGCAGUAUGACACGUGUGGUUAGACGAGGAUCAGAGAGUCCCGGAACAGAGGCAAAUGGGAACGCAUAUGAUUUCACAACUAAGUUGCUGCAUAUGGCAUGGCACCCAACAGAGAACUCAAUUGCUUGUGCAGCAGCAAACAGCUUGUACAUGUACUAUGCAUGAAUUGGAGAGAGAGAGAGAGAGAAGACAAACACAUGGAACCAGCUUGCUCCAAUUUAACUUUUCCAGGCUCUCUCUCUCUCUCAUUCUCUUUCUUUUUAACAACCAAAGUCAUGAUGUAACCAGAAAAGGUGUAGUAGUAACAUUGUUAUGCUGUGUCCAAGACCAAAGGCAGACCAGUCAUACCGCGACGAGUCAACGGAAGAAGCAACAGUAAUCUUUCAGGAGUUAGAAGGUAAAAAAGUAUUGGGUUGGGAAAAGAAAAGAAGAAGAGACCUUUUUUACCAGAAGAAGGGUUGUCUUUUUUUGAUAUAUCCGAACCACCCCUCCUACUUAGGUUGUCUUUUUUUGGGUUGCACAAGGAUACAUUUUAUUUUAUUUUCUUAUUAGUUUCGAUUCUAUUACUUUCUUUUCUUUCUUAAGAAACAGAUUAUGGUGUGUGGGAUUUUUUUAGUAUGAGACGAUUGGGAGGGAUGUGCUUCAAAAUUUGUUUAUUGAUUCUUUUGUCAUAUCUUCUUCUUCUUCUUCUUCUUGAACACCACAUACAUACGUGUGGCUUUUUUUUUGCUAUUUGUCUAUUUUUCAAUUGUAUUGUCAGACACCUCUUGUGUGUUUUCUUACUUUUACCCACAAUAAAAAGUAGUUUUCUCCUCAA